AUGAUCUCAACCCUAUUCACCAUUAUGGCUUUUGGAUACAAGCAAGUCCUGAUCAUCGGCGCCACCUCCGGGAUUGGCAAAACACUCGUUGACAAACUCGUCCAAGAUGGAUCAAAGGUAAUUGUCGCCGGCCGCAGAAAGGAGAAUCUCAAUGAGAUAGUCCAGCGACAUGGUAGCGACAGGGUUUCUGCAAAGGCAUUUUACGUCACGCAGCUCGAACAGAACCCUGAUCUGGACUGCAUCUUCGUCAACUCGGGUAUCCAACGACCCUUCGAUUAUACCAAGCCGGAAACCAUCGAUCUGGACAUCUUCGACCAGGAACUGAUCACGAACUAUACAUCCGCGGUCCGCUUAACCAAGGCAUUCCUCCCACACUUGCAGAGCCAAAAGACCGCAACAGCCAUCGCAUUCACUACGUCACAAAUGGCGCUCGUGCCUAUGAUGCGAUGCCCGAAUUACGGCGCUUCCAAGGCUGCUCUACACCAUUUCAUCCUUGCCCUCCGCACUCAGCUGCAGGAUGGUCCUGGGGAUGUUCGGGUUUUGGAGAUUUAUCCUCCGGCCGUGCAGAUUGAGCUUCAUGAUUCUAAACAUCAACCUGAUUUGAAGGAUGGGCAUUUGAUGAGGAUGCCGUUGCAAGAAUUUGUUGAUGAGGCUUGGGAUCGGAUCUCAGCGGGAGAGGAUCAGAUUCCGGUUGGAUCUGCAAAGGACAUCUACAAUGGGUUCGAGGAGUUCACAGGCGGAGACGGAAUCGAGGAAAGAGCUUGCCCGUUACAAGCCGCCAGUAUCAACUCGCUGAAACACGACCCAUCAUAA